GCGUGGCUGGGCGGCUCCUCCUCCAGCGAGCGGCUCCGCCCCCGCCGCCGCUUCCCUCCUCGCUGGGCUUCGCUCGGGCUGGAGCAGAGCAGGCUGAGCCAGGCGGUCCCCUCGCCGCCUCCCUCCGCUCGCUGAUCCGGCGUGCCUGGCUUUCCGCGCGCUCAGUCCAAGCCGCGAUGAUGACCUGGCCGAGGGCUGCCCGAGCGAGCUGGACGCGGAGGCGCUGAAGUGGCACGCACCAGCCCAGGCGGGCAGGCGGCGCGCGUGGAGAACUCGCUUCUCGUUCCGCUUCUCGGCGCUGCGGCAAACUCCGCCACCAGCCCGGAGCGCCUGCAGCGGGAGCCGAGCCGGAGCGUAGCGCUCCGGGUGGAGCCUCUCCCGUUCCGCGGCCCGGCGGCAGGUCAGCCCUCUCCGGGGAGUGAGCAGCGCGGCCGGCCGGCCAGCUCCGCGCGCGCCUCCUCGCCCAGCCUGGGAAGGCGCCUCCAGCCACACCGCGCUGCUCGCUCGCUCCCCCGGCGAGGUUACACAAGCUCUCCGAGGGCGGUGGGAGGCGGCGGCGGCGGCCAGGGCCCCGGAGCGGCCGAGCAUCGGAGGAGGGUUUCUCCGCGGAGGGCAGCGCCAAGGGCGCUCCCAAGGCCUGAUGGAUUUCUGAUAGUCUGCUGGUGACGAGUGGGGAAGAGCAUGGUUAAACACCAACCGCUGCAGUACUACGAGCCGCAGUUAUGUUUGUCGUGCCUGACAGGGAUUUAUGGGUGCCGAUGGAAACGAUAUCAGCGGUCACAUGACGACACCACAAAGUGGGAAUGCCUCUGGUUCCUGAUCCUCACCUUCUCGUUCUUCCUGACCCUCAUCUGGUUUUAUUUCUGGUGGGAAGUUCACAAUGACUACAAUGAAAUUAACUGGUUUUUAUAUAAUAGAAUGGGAUAUUGGAGUGACUGGACCAUUCCAAUACUUGUCACAACUGCUGUGGGUUUCACCUAUAUCACAGCAUUGUUGAUUUUAGCACUAUGCCAUAUAGCAGUAGGACAGCAAAUGAACCUGCACUGGAUCCACAAGAUUGGUUUGAUCACUACCUUGAUAACGACCGUGGUAACGAUGUGUUCUGUAGCUCAGCUGUGGGAUGAUGAAUGGGAUAUGGUAGUUAUAUCAUUACAAGCAACAGCUCCUUUCCUGCACAUAGGAGCCCUUGUGCUUGUCACGGCUCUGUCUUGGCUGAUAUCCGGGCAGUUGGCAAGAACAGAAAGAGCCACGUCCCAAAUGCUGAUAUUCAUGGCCUACUUUGCUGUUGUUCUUGCACUCUACCUCGUCCCCCUCACAAUCUACUCCCCUUGCAUCAUGGAGAGGAAGGACCUCGGGCCGAAGCCUGCAAUUAUUGGCCAUCGUGGAGCACCAAAGCUGGCACCAGAAAAUACUUUGAUGUCCUUCCAAAAGGCAGUGGAGCAGAAAGUCUAUGGAGUGCAAGCAGAUGUGGCGAUAAGUUUCGAUGGGGUGCCUUUCCUAAUGCACGACCGGACGCUGCGCAGGACGACCAACGUGGAGGAAGUGUUUCCAGAGCUGGCCUACGAACACUCGUCCAUGUUCAACUGGACAGACCUGGAGAGACUGAAUGCUGGCGAGUGGUUCCUCCGGUAUGAUCCCUUUUGGACAGUGGACUCCCUCUCUGCUUCUGACUAUAUGAAAGCUGCAAAUCAAUCGGUCUGUAAGCUGGCUGAUAUGCUGGAGGUCGUCAAGGACAAUGCCACCCUCCUCUUGAACUUGCAAGACUUGCCCCCCGAUCAUCCCUACUCCAGCACUUUCAUCAACAUCACCCUGGAAACGGUCCUCGAGUCGGGCAUCCCGCAGCAGGCUGUGAUGUGGUUGCCCAACUCAGAGCGAGAGCUGGUCCAGGAGAUGGCCCCUGGUUUCCAGCAGACCACUGGCAUCAAGGCAGACGCACAGCACUUGAGGCAGAAUGGCUUCCGGAAGCUGAACCUGCGGUACACCAAGGUCACCAGAGACGAUAUCAGGGACUAUGCAGCAGCAAACCUGAGCGUCAAUCUCUACGUUGUGAACGAGCCCUGGCUGUACUCUGUCCUGUGGUGUGCCGGCGUCCAGUCCGUCACCUCUGACAACUCAGCCGUCCUCAGCAGGCUGGCCUCCCCCAGCUGGCUGAUGACUCCAGACGAGUACUAUCUAAUCUGGAUAGCUGCUGACAUCGUUUCAUGUUUCAUAAUUGUAGGAGUUUUUAUAUUCCAGAACUAUCACAUAAUCAGGUGGCGCAUGGGAAGCAUCCGGACCUACAAUCCUGAGCAGAUCAUGCUGAGCGCAGCUGUCCGCAGGUCCAGCCGGGAUGUCAACAUCAUGAAAGAGAAACUGAUCUUUUCGGGUUCUAGCCACUAGGUGGCAGCAGACUCAUUGACAUUUUGUUUCCCAUAAGCGGUAAGAAAUCAACAGUGGCAUAGAGAUGACAGAUGAGCUCUCGCUCUGUUCCGAGAACGGUUAUGCCAAUGAGAUUGUUACGCCCAUGGACCACCGAGAAGUGAAGCUACGUAUCGACUGAAAAGCAGGAGCUGGUUGGACUUUGUGAAAAACCCCACUCUUUCUUGAGCUGCCUGGGACCGAACUCCUUCACCAAAACUAUUAAUGCAAUGAACUUCCUGAGGGCGGCCUGGUGCCUCUCUGGAAACUGAAGCUGGCCUGGGUUUCUUUAAAAAAAAUUUUUUUUUUUUUUGUAAAUAUGUCCCCCCUUUUGUGACCCUUUUUCUUGCAUAUUGGGUGGGAGGGGUGGACAUGUUUGUGGAGAGAAAACUGCCCCUACAGACGUGCCACUGCCUGGCUGGACCGAUCAAUGCACUGAGGCACUGGGAGAAGCCCAUGAAGGAAGCAACCCUGGGGUCUUCCCUCCUCCUCUCCCUGUUGCAGGGAUGUUAGCUGAACUUAUUUAAAUCUGUAUGUUGUGAA